GAAGCCGGGAGGCAGCGGCCGGCGGUUCUAGUAGGUUCCAUAGGCGGGCGGCGCGGAGGAGCCGGGCUCGGCGGCGGCGGCGCGUCCGGAGGCUCCGAUGGCCAAGUGGGGGGAGGGCGACCCGCGCUGGAUCGUGGAGCAGCGGGCGGACGCCACCAAUGUCAACAACUGGCACUGGACUGAACGGGAUGCUUCUAAUUGGUCUACAGAGAAGCUGAAAGUUCUGCUUCUGGCGGUGAGAGUGGAGAAUGCGGAGGGGGCCUGUGAAGUGACAGAAGUGAGUAAACUGGAUGGAGAAGCAUCCAUCAACAACCGCAAAGGGAAGCUGAUAUUUUUCUACGAGUGGAAUAUCAAGCUGUCAUGGACAGGCACCUCAAAGUCGGGAGUGAAGUAUAAGGGGCAUGUGGAGAUUCCCAACCUCUCGGAUGAAAAUGAUGUUGAUGAAGUUGAGGUCUCCAUCAGCCUUGCCAAAGAUGAGCCUGACACCAACUUAGUGGUCUUGAUGAAGCAAGAGGGCACGAAAAAGAUCAGGAAUGCAAUGAGCACUUACAUCAGCAUGCUCAAAACAGAGUUCACCCAAGGCAUGAUUUUACCUACAGUAAAUGGGGAACAAACAGAGCCAGCUCCGCAGCUGGCAGCUAAGGCAGAAGACCACAAGACCACUGCUAGUACUGUCACUGCAGCACCUCAGUCUAACCCCAUAGGCAUCAAGAUUCCCACCUGUAAGAUCAGUUUGAAGGACAUUUUCUUAACAUCUCCGGAGGAGCUCUACAGAAUUUUCACUACACAGGAGAUGGUCCAGGCUUUCACCCAUGCGCCGGCAAUCAUAGAGGCUGAUAAAGGAGGGAAGUUCCACUUGCUAGAUGGCAGUGUCAGCGGCAAGUUCAUUGAUCUAGUCCCCGAGAAGCAGAUUGUUAUGAAGUGGAGAUUUAAAUCUUGGCCAUCUGGGCACUUUGCAACUGUUACCUUGAACUUCACUGAUAAAGGCGGCGAGACAGAAGUGCGCUUGGAGGGGAAGGGCAUCCCUUCCAGUGAGGAGGAGAGAACAAAGCAAGGGUGGCAGCGCUACUACUUUGAGGGCAUUAAACAGACGUUUGGCUACGGUGCCCGCUUGUUUUAACAUCGGCUGCCGGGGAGAGUCUCUGUCCGAAGAUUCUGCUGUGUGGACUGAU